AUGCUAUCAUCAUCUAAAAAGAAACUGAGAUGUGACGGUUGUCAAGAUUGGUAUGUUGAUGGUGAUUGGAAGCGUCGUCAUAACCAUUCAAUUUUCAUGCGAUCAAAGAUCAGCUUACCUCGAGAAAACCUUUGGUUCGAAAUAAAUACCUACAGUGAACACACGAAUGAUGGUGCUGAUUGCAUUGGUCGUGUAUCAGAUGAUCAUCAUGUUGUUGAUUAUCGCCGUUAUGUUGAUGACUUUUCAUUUUUCAUAAGAUCUUCAAUCAGCUAA